UGAUUGGGUAGCUACGGUUGGAUGCGGUUGGAGACAAACCAUUUCAUCAAUUACGGAUGUGAUAUUUGGUAAAUAAACACAUUGGGAAAAUUAAAAUCAUGAAAAAAUGUUCCUUGAAUCGUAAAUUACUACUUUUUUUUUUUUCUAAUAGAUAUCGUAAUUACUUUCAGGAUAAAAUGACUCUAUCUCGAACCUGGUUGAUAUAUCGCAACUAAUUCGAACUAGUUAAAUUGUAAAAGUAACGCAUUGAAAUUUGAAUUUUUCCUACCAAAGAUUAUUUCUUUCUUUUAUUUUUUUAAUCCGUUAUAAGUCAAACAGAUAUUAAAAUCUUUGUUUAAAAAAUGGCUUACGUGGCAAGUAGAGGAAUUUCAAUAAGUAGAGGCACCGCGCGCAUGUCUUUUCAGUUUGUAGACUGUUUCUAUUUGCUCUGUUUUUUUUUGUUGGUUAAUGGCCGAAGACUCUAAUUCUUCCGAUUCAAUCAUCGUUAAUGUCAUCGGAGAUGAUAAUAAGUCGGCGUUGUUCGGUAAGUACGACCUCGGAAAGCUCCUCGGUAGCGGCGCGUUUGCCAAAGUCUACCAAGCGGAGGAUCUCCAAAACGGUGGAGAAAGCGUUGCGAUCAAAGUCGUACAAAAAAAACGUUUGAAAGACGGUUUAACGGCGCACGUUAAGAGAGAGAUCUCUGUCAUGCGCCGUCUUCGUCAUCCUCAUAUCGUGCUCCUCUCCGAAGUCCUCGCCACCAAGACGAAGAUCUAUUUCGUCAUGGAGCUAGCCAAAGGCGGCGAGCUUUUCUCCAGAGUCACUAGCAACCGUUUCACGGAGAGUCUCAGCCGGAAAUAUUUCCGGCAGUUGAUCUCCGCCGUGAGAUACUGCCACGCAAGAGGAGUUUUUCACCGUGAUUUGAAACCGGAGAAUCUCCUCCUCGACGAGAAUCGAGAUCUGAAGGUUUCAGACUUCGGUCUCAGUGCGAUGAAGGAACAGAUUCGUCCCGACGGGAUGCUACACACGCUUUGUGGAACUCCGGCUUACGUUGCACCGGAGCUUCUUUUGAAGAAAGGCUACGACGGUUCUAAAGCUGAUAUUUGGUCAUGCGGCGUCGUUUUGUUCCUUCUCAACGCCGGUUACUUGCCGUUUCGUGAUCCAAACAUCAUGGGACUAUACCGGAAAAUCCACAAGGCUCAAUACAAGUUACCGGAUUGGACAUCUUCAGAUCUACGGAAACUCCUCCGCCGUCUCUUGGAGCCUAACCCGGAACUGCGGAUCACCGUCGAGGAGAUUCUAAAGGAUCCGUGGUUCAAUCAUGGAGUAGAUCCAAGCGAAACCAUCGGAAUCCAAGCCGACGAUUACGAUCUAGAGGAAAACGGGAAAAUUCUAAACGCUUUCGAUUUGAUUUCGUCGGCGUCGAGCUCGAAUCUCUCCGGUUUGUUUGGAAAUUUCGUGACGCCGGAUCAUUGCGACCAGUUCGUCUCCGAUGAGAGUACGGCGGAGAUUAUGAGGAAGGUCGAGGAAGUUGCGAAGCAGUUGAAUUUGAGAAUCGCGAAGAAGAAGGAGAGAGCGAUCAAGCUUGAAGGUCCACAUGGAGUAGCUAAUGUCGUCGUUAAAGUUCGUCGGCUAACAAAAGAACUAGUGAUGGUGGAGAUGAAGAACAAGCAGAGAGACGUGGGCUUGGUUUGGGCCGAUGCUCUUAGGCAAAAACUACGUCGUUUGAUUAACCAACCGGUUUUUAGGGUUCCUGACAAACCGUAAAAUGGUUUCCACACAAAACCAACAAUCCGUGCGUUUUACUCGGAAUUUUUCAACGUAAUCCAUUCGCGAGGUUAAACAGUUGAACAAGAGAACCGGUUUUUCAUUCGAGACGCAUUUGGUUAACCGGUUCGGUUUACAUGGGAGCAGAGAGAGUAAUGGGACGAUCCGCCUCUUUGUAUAUAAAAAUGACAAGAAGAAAAAAAACAAACCGGGAUUCAAUUUUUUUGUUUAUUUUUUUCGGAGUAUAAUUUAAACACAAAAUUAUUUGCUUUAUUCAUCGCAGAGAAAUUGAAUAAAACUCUGAUCUGAACUUUGUAGUUUUUAUGUGUAUGUGUGACUGUGUGUGUUUGCAAACUUGGGCCUUUCUUUGUUUUUGCUAAGGGACAUGCUACACCGUUUGUAAUUUUUCUCGUUGUUGAUUGCGUUUGGGAAUCGUACAAAGCAUUUCAAGAUC